AUGGGUACAAUGCUGCUGUUCCUGGGCUUUUUGGCCUUCUUCAUAAACCCACUACAGGGAGAUGAGUCAUUCCAAUUCGAAAGCACAGGAUACAAUGGAGAAAACGAAUACCACACUGUGAAUGUCAAUGAGCAAGUCAAGAUUGCUGUGUUUAAUGUCUACUCUGGAAGACAGUCAGCCAAUGCCGUCUUUGAUUACAGCCAGAACAUUGUUGCCUACCACAUGCCCUACAAAGGAAUCUGUGUCUUGGCUCACAUGGAUAUUGCUACCUUCCCAGGCCUUGGACGAAUAAAUGAGUGGAUUCACACCAAAAGAGAGCAGAGGAAAGACCUGGAAGAGCUGCGCAAACAUUACUUUGUGACCAACCAGCAAGUGAACAAUCUUGCCCAGUUUGGUAACGCCGUGGAAAGCCUUUGCUGGGGAAUUCCAACCUACUGGGCUCGGGAAUAUUCCAGUCCAAGACAAGGUUUGGGUGCUGAAGGAUGUGCCGGUAUUCAUUUAUUCUGCCUCCGUAUUGGUCUCUGUGGAGGAAUUCAUCUGUAA